AUGUCGUACUACGGUGCUCCCCCUCAACCCCCAUAUGGGCAGCCUCCAUAUGGACAGCCUCCAUACGGGCAGUCUCCCGGAGGCUAUGAGCGCCCCCCAUAUGACCAGCGUCCUCCCUACGGUGAGCGCCCCUCUUACGACAGGCCUCCAUACGAACAGGGGCCUCCCGGUGACCGUCCACAAUACGACCGUCCCCCUUACGAACAGGGACCUCCCUCUGGCGAGCGCCCACCAUACGACCGUCCCCCUUACGAGCAAAGGCCUCCCUCUGGCGAGCGCUCACCAUACGACCGUCCCCCUUACGAACAGCCACCUCCCGGCGAGCGUUCGCAAUACGAGCGCCCUCCAUAUGGGCAGCCCCCUCAAGACCAACGCCCUCCGUAUGACAGACCACCAUCCGAGAGACCCCCAUACGAAUCAGACCGUUCCUUCGACUCCCGCCCUCCCUACUCCUCCGCACCACCUUCCGCCCGUCCUCCUCAAAUUCCCCCACCACCUCUUCCCAUGGGUUGGGUUCAGGAAUGGGAGCCCAACGCCCGCCGCGCCUUCUGGGUUGAGGUAGCCACCGGCAACUCCCAGUGGGAGCAGCCUUUUGGCGACUCCUCGCGUGACAUGGGCCCCGGUGGCCCUCCCGCUAUCAUGAGCCCCCCUCCUUCCGGCCCGAUUAGUCCUCCCCCUGGUGGCUACUACGGCGGUCCCCCUCCCCAGGAGGGAGGCUACUACCCUCCUCCUCAGCAGGGCGAGUACCAGUCUGAGGCCGACAGGAAGAAGAGUGAAAAGAAGAAGAUGCUCAUGGGAGCCGCCGCCGGUUUGGCGCUUGGUGGUGUUGCCGGAGCUGUUCUUAAUCAUGAAUUUGGCGGUUCUGACUCCGAGUCUGAAAAGGAGGAGGAGGAGGAGGAGGAGGAGGAAGUCGUCGAGCACAAGAUCGUGGAACAGCACAUCUACCACCACUACGACGAGCCUUCUGAGGAGCGCGCUUACUCUCCUCCGCCGGAUGACUGGUAG